CUUUCUCUCAGCUUCAGGGGAGAAGACGAAGCAGCAAAAUAAUGGCUACUACUACUCCGAUUAAACAAGUAUUACUUCGAAUUAUCAAUUCGGAUUCUCUCUGCUUGUCUGGAACAACAAUGCGACCGAGUCAAGCUUGUGACCUUUUCAAUUCCUCAAUUCCCUACAUAUAUGGGAUUUGUCUCUGCGUGUUUCGUUAUAUGAUAAGGGAAACAUAGUUUGACUCCGGAAGUGUUGUUGUUAUUCUCUCGGAAAAUUUUCCAUUCCGGGAGUAAAAAUCAUGGCUUUAGCACGCCAAGUGUUUGUGUUAUUGUCUGUGUUAGUGGCGUGUUGGGGGUUUGAGAGAUGUGAGGCUUCUGGGAAGUUCAGCUUCGAAGUUCACCACAUGUUCUCUGAUGCGGUCAAGCAAAGUCUUGGGUAUGACAAUCAUGUGCCGGAAGAGGGAAGUUUGGACUACUUCAAGGUUUUGGCCCACCGUGAUCGCUUGAUCAGAGGUCGAGGUCUAGCCUCAAACAACGAAGAAUCUCCCAUCACUUCCAUGGAAGGUAACCGCACGCUUGCAAUCGGCUUUUUGGGAUUCCUUCAUUACGCCAAUAUCUCCGUGGGAACACCUGCUACUUGGUUCCUGGUGGCUCUGGACACAGGCAGCGAUUUGUUUUGGUUGCCUUGCAAUUGUGGUACUACUUGCAUCCGCGAUUUGCAAGAUGCUGGAUUUUCGGAGAGUGUACCACUUAAUCUAUAUAGUCCCAAUGCAUCUUCUACAAGUUCAAGCAUUAGAUGCAAUGACGAGCGUUGUUUUGAAUCGAGACGAUGUACUUCUCUUACAAGUAUUUGCCCUUAUCAGUUUUCCAACUCUAUUACCACAACCACCACAGGGUCAUUGUUACAAGAUGUAUUGAACCUGGUCACAGAGGAUGAGGAUUUAAAGCCUAUCAAUGCUAAUAUCACUCUUGGUUGCGGUCAGAAUCAAACAGGUCUGUUCCAGAGAAGGCUUUCCGUGAACGGUGUUCUUGGGCUUGGUAUGAAAGAUUAUUCUGUUCCAAGCCUUCUGGCAAAAGCUAAUAUCACCGCGAACUCCUUCUCGAUGUGUUUUGGGCGUGUCGUUAGCGUUGUUGGAAGAAUCAGUUUCGGAGACAAAGGCUACACAGACCAGGCGGAGACUCCAUUCAUAUCUGUUGAACCAAGUAUCGCAUAUGGUGUGAACGUGACGGGAUUAUCAGUGGGGGGAGAUCCUGUUGGUCUUCGCUUGUUUGCACAAUUCGACACUGGCUCAUCAUUUACACACUUAAUGGAGCCAGCAUAUGGUAUUUUUACCAAAGCUUUUGACAGUCUUGUCGAGGACACCCGUCGGCCAGCCGAUCCUGAUAUGCCGUUUGAGUUCUGUUACAACUUGAGGUCAUCACAUCUGAAUUUCGAUGCUCUUCCUCUUCACAUGCAGUCCAAACCUUACAACCAUUACUUUCCCCUUACUGGAGUUGACUUUGGGAGGAGGAUCCAUACUGACUCUGAAGAAUCCGUUUUUUUCAACAAGGAAGGUAAUUUGAUGUACUGCCUGGGUAUUCUGAAGAACCUCAAUGUUAACAUCAUCGGACAGAACUUCAUGUCAGGCUACCGCAUUGUAUUCGACCGGGAGAGGAUGAUUUUGGGUUGGAAGCGGUCUAAUUGUUUUGAGGAUGAAAGCUUAACAACAUCUACGACUCCUCCACCACCAGAGAUCGAAGCUCCUUCACCACCAACAGUAUCCACUCCACUGCCUCUUUCUUCUCCUCCUCCUCCUCCUCCUCUUGUUUUUGCUGAUACACCGCCCCCGGUCGACACUGGUGGCUCCACCGGAACUCCUGGCACAAGCGGUGUAGCCAAUCUCAUCCCUCUCGCAUCUCAACUCCUACUUCUCCUACCUGUUUUGGCCUUCCUCUGAUUCACAAAAGGCAUUCGUUUUUUGUUGGUUUGACCGUUUGAUGUUCAUUUAAGAAGAAUCUUCGUUUCAUGUGCAAAACAGUAUUCAUUGGUUUGAGAGUGGUAAUGUUAUCUUCCUGUUGUUACAAUGUAUGUGUUUUUUGUUAUAUAAAUG